AUGGCUUGCGCUGCCCGGUCAUUGACUCGCUCAGCCAGAGCCCUGGCCCAGAGGGGCCCCGGGUUCUUCCCUGCGCGGUCUUUUUCAAACUCCCCGUUCCGAUUCGUCUCCGAUGACCGGGUCGUUCCUCCGCCCCCGAAGGACCUCAAGGCGGAGGAUUACCCGGCUGCGCCUGAGUAUUCCCCGGACCUCCUCAGCAAAGAAGACCGAUCUAUGUACGAUAUGAUGGCCCCUGAACAGCGGGCUCAAUUCGAUGCCGACAAUCGCCGCCUCGUGGCCGAAUUCAACGAUGUCGAAAAGCGCGCCGCGAUGUUCGCCGAGCUCGAUAAGAAAGUCAACCAGAUUGACAAGGAGGAGGACUUGCGGUUCGAGGAUAUUCGGGGCAAGCAGCGCGGUUUCUGGGCCGAGGAUGAUCCGGAUGAGUUUGCCCAAGUGGAGGACGGUGAUGAAGAGAUCAAUGACGACGAAAUCACUGCCAUGGCACACGCUGAAUUGGAAUUGCACCGGGAAGUCAGAGAAUAUGCCCGUAUUGCGGCAUGGGAUAUGCCAAUGCUAAGCAAGCUGGCCAAACCCUUCACCCUCCCUCCGGAUACACACAUUCUCCGCUUCCGCUAUACUACAUACAUGGGCGAGCAGCACCCGGCCGAGCCCAAGGUUGUUGUGGAACUUGCCUCUAAGGAUUUGAGCCCCAAGUACCUCUCCGAGGCCCAGCGCCAGACUUUCCUGAAGCUGGUUGGCACCCGCUACAACCCCCAGACCGACAUUGUCAAGAUGUCCAGCGAGCAGUUUGGCUCUCGCGCACAGAACAAGCGGUACUUGGCCGAUAUUAUCAACUCUUUGAUCAAGGAGGCCAAGACAGGCGAUGCCUACACCGAUAUUCCUCUCGACCUCCGCCAUCACAAGCCCAAGACUCGCGUUCAAUUCCCCGAAGCUUGGAACAUGACCGAAGAGCGCCGGCAACAAUUGGCCGCUCGCCGUGCCGAGCGCAUCGCUGCUGAGAAGGAGCGUGCGGCUAUCGUGGAUGGCGGCAAGGUUAUCUCCCAUGCCGUCCAGGCUCUCCCCGAGCUCAACCCUGCAUUGAAGGCCCAGGCUGCCGAGGAGCGGGAGCGUGUUGCUGUCAAGGUUGGAGCUCGUGGAGGUAAGAAGUCAGUUCGUCGAUGA